UACCUGCAGUGACGGGAGCAGGCGGGGGGGGGCCGGCGGCGGACAAAGGGGGCGCCGCGCGAGCCCGCACCCAGCGGCCCCGGAGGGGAAUUGCCAAAAUGCUUUGGAAUUCUUAAACGAUUCAAAAACUGAAGUCUCUGAGGAUACAAAAUCAUAAGAACACAAGAAGCAGCAAGGAGGAUUCAGUGCCAAUGCAGCAACAAAAAAGACAGCCAGAGUUAGUGGAAGGAAAUCUUCCUGUUUUUGUUUUUCCUACAGAACUUAUAUUUUAUGCAGAUGACCAGUCAACACACAAGCAGGUGUUGACUCUAUAUAACCCCUAUGAGUUUGCCUUAAAAUUCAAAGUUCUUUGUACAACUCCAAAUAAAUAUGCGGUGGUUGAUGCUACUGGUGCAGUGAAGCCUCAGUGCUGUGUUGAUAUUGUGAUUCGUCACAGAGAUGUUCGGGCUUCUUACUACGGUGUGAUAGAUAAAUUUCGUCUACAAGUGUCUGAGCAGAGCCAGAGGAAAGCAUUAGGGAAAAAGGAGAUUAUUGCUACUCUACUUCCAUCUGCAAAGGAACAACAACAACAAAAGGAAGAGGAGGAAAAACGAAUAAAAGAACACCUGGCUGAAAGUGUCUUUUUUGAGCAGACUUUGUGUCAACCAGGUAAAAACAGAACUGCCUCGUCGGGACCUAGUUUACUAACAGUCUUCCUGGGAAUAGUGUGUAUUGCAGCACUAAUGCUACCUACAUUGGGGGAAAUGGAAUCCCUGGUGCCUCUCUACCUCCAUUUAAGUGUGAAUCAAAAAUUAGUAGCUGCUUAUGUUUUAGAUUUGAAGAACAGUCACACUAAACUCAAUUCUCCUGUCCCACUACCUGGCAGAAAUGAGGAUUUAAAGGAAACGAGCUAGGCAGCUUCAAACUGAUAGCUAGAGGUGAGGUAGUGAUGGGAAAAGAUGCAAGUUCUUAAUGGUUAAUGCGCACACUCAGUUGACUGACUCAUGCAGGUCAGUCUGCUGAAAUGGUUUGAAAACUCACUUGUCGCUCUUUGCCUGAGCCGAUAGUGAUGUAUUUUCAGAUCAGGACCUUGCACUAAUCCUUGCUUUGUUUUUAUCUCUAGCUUUGAAAAUUAUCUCUAGCUUUGAAAAUUACUCCAGUUCCUGCUGGUGCUAACUAUAGUGUUAAACCAUUUGACUUUAUCUAUUUGCAACAACUUAACCCAUUUCUAGAUUCACUGUGAAGUUCUUACAGGUUUUGAUUCCUUUGGUAGCAGCAUUUUUAGUGUUCAUUAAAAGAUCCUUCUGUGUGCAACUCUUGCUCAUGUAGAAAGUUGAUUGCUCUUGAGAAGAUGAAACCACUUUCUUCCACAACGAAGUACAACUGGAUUGUGUAGCAUUUAAUUGAAAAGGGAGGUUAAUACCACACCAACUGGGCUAUAUGAUAUCUGAGAAGUAUUUGCUUUACAGCAAUGAGUUAAACCCUUUAUUGCCUGAAAGUCCCUGUACAAGUGGUAUAGGCUGUCCUGUAGCAGCUUCUAGAAGCCUCUGUUAUUACUCUGCGAUGAUUUAGAUAAUCCAAGCAAAGGCCUACAGCAGUUGUAGUAGUACUAAUUGUCUAAGCCAAUACAGACCAUAAGAAAUAGCUGAACUGUAAUUCCUCUUUAAUGGAUGAAUUGCUUAUAUAAUGGAAGGCAGUGUUACAACUCUGUUCUGUCAUGCUUCUAUCUUCAAAAUCUUUAUAAAGUAAAUAAGUUAAAUCAGCAUGUAGUGGUAGGAUAGUAGAAUAGUCUCAGAAAUUUCUUUAUCCAUGGUGAGAUCUGUAGGCUUUAGCUAAGUUCUCUGCAGUGAAAUGCUGUUAUAUUAACAUCAUCUGAGUCUACAAGAGAGAUUGCCUAAGAACUGAUAAAUUACUAUUUUGAUGUUACGUAAGGUUGGAAUUCAAGGAGCCCUAUGUUUUUCCAUAUGCCUCUUUGCCUUGUGCCGUGUAACUCAUGGCUAAGAACUUGCAGAUUUGUACUUUUUCCUGUAUCAGCACAUAAUUAAAGUGAACUUAUCAGUGUGUCAUGAGUAGGUUUAUUAGCCCCACGUUUCCUGCUUUCAUCUGUUUUUAAUUGUUUUUAACCUCUAUCAGAGCAGUUCUUUUUUUUUUUUCCUCCCUCUUCAAAGGUCACAACAAAGACUCUGUAGAAAGCUCCCUAUGCAGACUGACAAGGAAGCUUAACAUCUUUGUCUAAAACUAGUCUUUGAUCAGUUAUUCUGCAGAGAGCAGAAACAAAAAUGUCUUGGAGCCUUCAGCUAAUCUGCCUUACUGAUGGUUCAGCAAUUGAAUUACACUGCCCAUGACUAGCCCCCAUGAAAACUGGUAGCUUAUAUGCUAGUGUUACACUUACAAGUCAAAAUCUCAAUGUUAAGAUUUU